GGUCGAAUCUUGUGACUCUCACACAGAAUGGAGAAAUGAGGAAGUGGGUUGUUGUUGUGGUUAGCUAGCUAGCUAGCUGCUGAGGCUACAACAAUUUAUCCACCAGUGUGUUAACUUACGACUAAUUUCAAGGUUUAGUCAGAAAGAAUUGUGGAGAUGGAGGUGUCAGGCUACCAGUCCAAGCUGCUGUGUGAGCUCAAUGAGCAGCGGAAGAGAGACUUCUUCUGUGACUGCAGUAUAGUCGUGGAGGGGCGGGUCUUCAAGGCCCAUCGCAACGUCCUAUUCGCCGGCAGCGGCUACUUCCGAGCCCUAUUGGUCCACUACCUACAGGACAGCGGUCAGCACCACAGUACAGCCUCUCUGGACAUCGUGACGGCCGAGGCCUUCUCCUCCAUCCUGGACUUCCUGUACUCGGGCCGACUGGACCUGCGCAGCGACAACGUCAUCGAGGUGAUGUCAGCGGCCAGCUACCUGCAGAUGACUGACGUGGUGUCCUUCUGUAAAGGCUACAUCCGCUCCUCUCUGGAGAUCUGUAACAGGGAGAAAGAGAGGGAUGGAAACAAAGAGAAGGAGAGAGACGGUCCGGCUGACAGUGGAACCCCCUCUUCCACCGCCUCUGUAGCUGUAACUCUUCCUUCGUUGUCACUGGAGGGAGACGGAGUUACUCAUGUACGUUCAGAAUCCCCACCUUCCACUGUCACAGACCCCCCAUCCUCGGCAGCAGCCCUCCCCAGGGUCCCCACGCCCCCCGGCCCUAGCAGAGACUCUGAGAGCGACUGCAGCUCCAGAGGGGAGUUCCCAUCUCAUGUUAUUGUGGGCCGGACCCCACACGGACACGGGGACCAUGUGAUGAACCCCCUUUCCUCUGGGUUGACCCUAGAACUGGUGCGCCCCAAGAUCGAGUACGACCCCGAUGACGAGCCCGAGGAGGGGUCUCCCGAUACCAAAGACCUGACGUUGUUUAUGGGACCCCCCCUCCACACCCACCACCCAGACCACCUCCAUGACAGGCUGGCGUCCUCCAGCCCUUCCCCCAGCAGCGAGCGCUCCUCCCUGGGCUUCGGGGGCUGCCACGCCAGGCAGUUCAUGGAUGUGCUGUUGAGAGGCGGCUCCAGCCCCCACAGGGACAGAGGGGAGCAGGGCCAGAUGUUUGCCCAGGGAAUGGGCCUCUGGGGUGGGGGAGGCAGGGUGGACGAGGGUCUGGGGAUGGGUGGGUCCUCUAUCAUGGAGAUACAGAGCGACUGGUACGGAGAGGACACAGGCGAUGGCUUGUUAGUGCCGGUGAAGCUCCACAAGUGUCCGUUCUGCCCGUACACCGCCAAGCAGAAGGGCAUCCUGAAGAGACACAUCCGUUGUCACACUGGAGAGAGACCCUUCCCCUGUGAGACAUGUGGCAAGAGGUUCACAAGGCAGGAACACCUCCGCAGUCACUCACUCAGCGUGCACCGCUCCAGUUGGCCCGUGGUUUGUAAGGGGUGCAGACGAAGCUUCACUGGAGCCCUGUCCCACGGACUGAAGCGCUUUGGCCUGUGUGACAACUGUACCUGUGUUACGACCACGGGCCACGACGACUCACCUCCCACCCACAUCAACCUUGACGGCCAACCAGAGGCCAUGGAACGCAGGGACGGAGACAGUGAUUGGCCCAGGUUCAGGGAUGAUGCUGAUGACAUGGAGGCCGGGGGAGGGAUUAUAGAGGACCUGGGGGAGAAGGGGAAACCACACGGACGACUGUCAGAGAUCCCAUCCACAGUGGACAUGAAGGAGAGGAGACAAGGAAAGGAAGAAUUUAACUUUCAGACACAGUUUUAGUCCUAUCUUGCAUUCUUCCUCCCCCAGUGGUUUAAUUAGGGGAACAAUCCAAGACUGAGACAGAGGUCCAUGUUAACUUUGUCUUGGCUACUAUUUUUUACCAAAAUAACUGUGGAACAGAAUCAGAACUGCAUGACCAUAAGAGGACUGGGUUUUCCCCUAGGAGAAAGGCAUUGUGUUGUUCCUAGGAGAAAGACAUUGUGUUGUCCCUAGGAGAAAGGCAUUGUGUUGUUCCUAGGAGAAAGAUCUUGUGUUGUCCCUAGGAGAAAGACAUUGUGUUGUCCCUAGGAGAAAGACAUUGUGUUGUCCCUAGGAGAAAGACAUUGUGUUGUCCCUAGGAGAAAGGCAUUGUGUUGUCCCUAGGAGAAAGACAUUGUGUUGUCCCUAGGAGAAAGGCAUUGUGUUGUCCCUAGGAGAAAGACAUUGUGUUGUCCCUAGGAGAAAGACAUUGUGUUGUCCCUAGGAGAAAGACAUUGUGUUGUCCCUAGGAGAAAGACAUUGUGUUGUCCCUAGGAGAAAGGCAUUGUGUUGUCCCUAGGAGAAAGGCAUUGUGUUGUCCCUAGGAGAAAGACGUUGUGUUGUCCCUAGGAGAAAGGCAUUGUGUUGUCCCUAGGAGAAAGACGUUGUGUUGUCCCUAGGAGAAAGGCAUUGUGUUGUCCCUAGGAGAAAGGCAUUGUGUUGUCCCUAGGAGAAAGAGAAAGGCAUUGUGUUGUCCCUAGGGGAAAGACAUUGUGUUGUCCCUAGGAGAAAGGCAUUGUGUUGUCCCUAGGAGAAAGACAUUGUGUUGUCCCUAGGAGAAAUACAUUGUGUUGUCCCUAGGAGAAAGACAUUGUGUUGUCCCUAGGAGAAAGAGAAAGACAUUGUGUUGUCCCUAGGAGAAAGAGAAAGACAUUGUGUUGUCCCUAGGAGAAAGGCAUUGUGUUGUUUCUAGGAGAAAGACAUUGUGUUGUCCCUAGGAGAAAGGCAUUGUGUUGUCCCUAGGAGAAAUACAUUGUGUUGUCCCUAGGAGAAAGACAUUGUGUUGUCCCUAGGAUAAAUACAUUGUGUUGUCCCUAGGAGAAAGACAUUGUGUUGUCCCUAGGAGAAAGAGAAAGACAUUGUGUUGUCCCUAGGAGAAAGACAUUGUGUUGUCCCUAGGAGAAAGACAUUGUGUUGUCCCUAGGAGAAAGACUUUGUGUUGUCCCUAGGAGAAAUACAUUGUGUUGUCCCUAGGAGAAAGACAUUGUGUUGUCCCUAGGAGAAAGAGAAAGACAUUGUGUUGUCCCUAGGAGAAAGAGAAAGACAUUGUGUUGUCCCUAGGAGAAAGGCAUUGUGUUGUUUCUAGGAGAAAGACAUUGUGUUGUCCCUAGGAGAAAGGCAUUGUGUUGUCUCUAGGAGAAAGACAUUGUGUUGUCCCUAGGAGAAAGACAUUGUGUUGUCCCUAGGAGAAAGGCAUUGUGUUGUCCCUAGGAGAAAGGCAUUGUGUUGUCCCUAGGAGAAAGGCAUUGUGUUGUCCCUAGGAGAAAGACAUUGUGUUGUCCCUAGGAGAAAGAGAAAGACAUUGUGUUGUCCCUAGGAGAAAGACAUUGUGUUGUCCCUAGGAGAAAGAGAAAGACAUUGUGUUGUCCCUAGGAGAAAGGCAUUGUGUUGUCCCUAGGAGAAAGACAUUGUGUUGUCCCUAGGAGAAAGGCAUUGUGUUGUUCCUAGGAGAAAGACAUUGUGUUGUCCCUAGGAGAAAGGCAUUGUGUUGUCCCUAGGAGAAAGGCAUUGUGUUGUCCCUAGGAGAAAGACAUUGUGUUGUCCCUAGGAGAAAGACAUUGUGUUGUCCCUAGGAGAAAGACAUUGUGUUGUCCCUAGGAGAAAGAUAUUGUGUUAUCUGUCGUGUCUUUGGCAUCAUUAAAGUGAAGACUUAUUUUAUCAAA